GGGCUCGCAGCAUCAUCUCCGUUAGUUAACGGGAAAGUUCAUUCUGUGAGUUCAGCUGUGUGUCGGACCGGGAUAGUUUUACCGGGCGUGCGUUUCCAGACUUCCAGAAGCAAUGCCAAGAUUUGGUGGAGCUGUGCCAUAAAGCCGAAGGAGAGUCCUCUGACACAGUGACCCCCAGGCCCCUCCGACUCAGGGAUAUCAUGGGACCCCUCCCUGUACACUUCUCCCCGCUCCUCACCCCUAUACUCUCCUUCCUCCUCCUGGCUCACCCCUGCUCCUCCAUCAGGCCUCAGGUUGUGGAGCGAGCGUCUUCCCCCGAGCAGCCUCAGCCCUCUGGUAACACCACAGGCAAACCUGUGUGUGCGGGCGAGGUGGUGUGUCGACCCGGGGUCCUGCUGCCGGUGUGGCUGCCUCUCAACCCUCCGCUGGGGGAGCAGGCGGGGAGAGCUAUUGUCUACUUUGCGUGUCUCAUGUACAUCUUCUUGGGCGUGUCCGUCAUCGCAGAUCGCUUCAUGGCAUCCAUAGAAGUCAUCACCUCCCAGGAGAAAGAGGUGACCAUCACCAAAGCUAACGGGGAAACCACGGUGACCACAGUGAGAGUCUGGAACGAGACCGUGUCCAACCUCACUCUCAUGGCCCUGGGCUCCUCGGCCCCUGAGAUCCUCCUCUCUCUUAUUGAGGUGAUCGGGCACAACUUUGAUGCAGGGGUGCUUGGGCCGAGCACCAUAGUGGGCAGCGCUGCCUUCAACAUGUUUGUGAUCAUCGGUAUCUGUGUGUGGGUGAUCCCGAACGGAGAGUCUCGCAAGAUCAAACACCUGCGGGUGUUUUUUAUCACGGCCUUCUGGAGUAUUUUUGCCUACAUUUGGCUCUACCUCAUACUGGCUGUCAUCUCACCUGGGAUCGUGGAGGUGUGGGAGGCCAUAGUCACACUGCUCUAUUUUCCGGUGUGUGUGGUCUUGGCUUGGAUCGCUGACCGUCGCCUACUCUUCUACAAAUACAUGCACAAGCGUUACCGCGCCGACAAGAGGCACGGCAUUGUUGUGGAAAUGGAAGGUGACCUUGAGCCCAAGGGCAUUGACAUGAUCAUGGAUGGAAAGUUGUCGGACGGUGCUUCGUGUGCCGGAAACUCUUCCAGUGUCUCUGUGCAGACAGGCAAUGAGCUGGACCAGAACAAAGACGAGGUGGUCCGCAUCCUGAAGGACCUGAAGGAGAAGCACCCAGACAAAGACCUGGACCAGCUGAUUGAGAUGGCCAACUACUCGGCCCUGGUCCACCAGAAGAAGAGCCGCGCCUUCUACCGAGUCCAGGCCACGCGCCUGAUGAUUGGUGCCGGCAACGUAUUAAGGAAACACGCUGCCGAGCACUCACGGCGCAGCGCAGGCCAGGAUACUGACAAGGCCACAUGCUCGCACAUUUGUUUUGAAAGUGCACAGUUCCAGUGCACAGAAAACUGUGGCUCUCUGAGCAUCGGGGUGAUCCUUGAGGGGGGGACGGGCCAGAACACUUUCUAUGUGGACUACUGUACAGAAAACGGCUCCGCUAAUGCUGGGGCAGACUAUGACUUCACUAAGGGAACACUGAUGUUUAAGCCAGGGGAGGGCCGCAAGGAGAUCAAGGUGGGCAUCUUGGACGAUGAUGUCUUUGAGGAGGACGAGCAUUUCUUUGUGCGUCUUCAGAACCUGAGGUUAGAGGAAGGUGGAGGUGAAGGAACAGGAACUCCACCACAGGCCAGGCUGGUGGAGCCCCUGCAGGCCACCAUCACUAUCUUGGAUGAUGACCAUGCUGGCAUCUUCACCUUCGGCCAGCGCGUGCUGCGGGUCAGUGAGAGCACUGGCAUGCUGAAAGUGACGGUGGUGAGGAACUCUGGCUCCAGGGGGACCGUCAGUGUGCCGUACCGUACGGAGGACGGCAGUGCCAAGGCGGGGGUGGACUACGAGGAGGCCAGAGGAGAGGUGGAGUUCACCAAUGAGCAGACCAGUCAGGUCUUACAGGUGCGCAUUAUAAAUGUGGCGGAGUACGAGAAGCAGGAGAACUUCUUCAUCGUGCUGGAGGACCCAAAAUGGUUGAAGCGGGGCCUCUCUGGCAACCCCACCCCUGAGGAGGAGGAGGCCCGGAGAAUAUCUGAGAUGGGCAAACCUAUUUUAGGGGAGCACAGCCGGCUAGAGGUCGUCAUAGAGGAGUCCUGUGAGUUUAAGAACACAGUGGACAAACUCCUGAAGGACACAAAUCUGGCUGUAGUGAUCGGCACUCACUCAUGGAGAGAGCAGUUCAUUGGAGCACUCACAGUCUGUGCAGGUGACGGAGAUGAAGAGGAGGGACAAGAGCAGCGAAGUCCGAACUGCUGCGACUAUUUCAUACACAUAGUGUGCGUUUUCUGGAAGGUUCUGUUUGCCUUCUGCCCGCCCACACAGUACUGGAACGGAUGGGCGUGCUUCAUAGUGUCAAUCUCUGUCAUUGGUUUCUUAACAGCCAUUAUUGGAGACCUAGCUUCCCACUUCGGCUGCACCGUCGGCCUCAGAGACACGGUCACUGCGGUGGUCUUUGUAGCGCUGGGGACCUCCCUUCCUGAUACCUUUGCCAGUAAAGUGGCUGCCACUCAGGACCAGUAUGCGGAUGCAUGUGUGGGAAACGUGACAGGAAGCAACGCGGUCAAUGUGUUUUUGGGCAUUGGGCUGGCCUGGUCCGUGGCUGCCAUCUAUUGGCAAGUCAAAGGUAAAGUCUUCCGCGUUGACCCCGGCUCGCUGGCCUUCUCCGUCACACUCUUCACCAUUUUCGCAUUCUUCGCUAUGGGAGUGUUGAUGAUACGCCGGAGGCCGUCUAUAGGCGGCGAACUGGGUGGCCCUCGAGUCACCAAAGUCCUCACUUCUCUGCUCCUCUUCGGACUCUGGUUCCUUUACAUCCUCUUCUCCAGCUUGGAGGCCUACUGCCAUAUAAAGGGCUUCUAAGAGAGCACAGCAGGGGAGAGAAGUGACUGCAGGAUCACAAACACACAUCACCAGGACAUUACACUUCUGUUCCAUAACUACUACUGAGAAGACCAAUCAUCACCGCUGCCAUGGUUCAAAAUAAAAUGUAUACGCAGACUGGCACAGCAAACCGUUACGUCAUAUCCACUGCAGGACAGUCCCAGUCAUCCGAAUGUAUUGUGACUGCACUGAAUAAUUUUCACUUAAGUGGACUAAAUAACGUGCAGUGACAUUUUAUGAUAAAGUUGAGCAAAGCUGGCCGGCAUGUUCUCUGUGAAGUCCCUGGAUUUUGUUUGAUACCUGACAGCUGACAACCUGGAUUUCAAGUUUGGACUCAUUUCUCCUCAUAAUAAAAUGUGUAAAACAAUGACAGCUGCUUUUACACAGAUGUGCAAUGUACACUUGAGAAACUGAAACAUUGACUUUAAUUAAUUAAAUGUAUUAU